AUGGACAGCAAUGUAGAAGAAAUGCAGAAAAGAUUGGGAGGGCUUCAGAUUUCUCAAAAGCUGCAAGGUCAAGCGAAGAGUUUUUCUGUUGCAGAGUUUCUUGAUUUGCGGGCCAAAGGCAACCAAUUGUUUGUACAUGGGGACUGGAAAGGGGCAAUCUCAUGUUAUUCUAAAUGCAUAGACUUUGCUCUGAGCAGUAAACAAGAAAUUUACAAGGAAGCCAUGGACGUCCUUGUGUUUUGUUAUUCAAACAGGGCAGAGGCAUUGUUAAAGGUGGAGGAGUACGCCAAAGCAGUGGAAGACUGCGAUAAAGCCCUGCAACUUCAUUCCACCCAUCUCAAAUCCCUAUUUCGCAAAGGCAGGGCUUUGCACGAGCUUAAAGAGUACAACUUAGCUUGUUUAUGUUUUCGACUCGCGCUAGAGCAAUCCCCUGCUGCUGAGGAAAUAAAGUCUCAUUAUGAGAAAUCGAAGAAAUUCAAUGAAGAGAACCAACAAGGUAAGUUUAAUCUCUCGGCCUAUUUUCUAAAUGGUUGCAGGGGAAAAGAUAUUCCAGAGGUGAGCAAUUAUAUUGGCCCAGUAAUUAUUAAGAAAUCGUCUGUGCAUGGUCGAGGUUUAUUUGCUAGUAAGGAAUUUGAGAUCGGAGAUUUUGUACUUGUAGAGAAUGCGAUUGCAGUGAGUGGCAUUUAUCGGAGGCUGACGGCCAUUGCUGGCAAAGAGAACCCUAGCAGAAUGAUUGACCGUCUUAAACAAGACACAGUUGAGAAAGCAAUCUCUUGCGCAAUGGGAUCUCCCAGGAUUUUGCGGCAAUUGCAAGAUCUUACCAAUUCAUCUUGGCUAAAUGAGACAGAUGUUCCAGAAAUGGAGGCUUUCAAAAUAAAUAAUGGCAGUUGGAACAAAUUUGGGGAAAACCCGGAGAAUUUACAUCUCAACCCAUUCGAACUCAGAAAGGCUAUGGAGUUCAACGCCCUUAUCAUAUAUAUUACCCAGGAAGAAGAUAAUCCAGGGGAACCUGACCUCUCCAGCAAAGGAUGGGUUUUUAAUAUGAAGCGGAUAACAGAGCGAUGCGGGUUUUGGGGGCUUGCAUCUUUUAUCAAUCAUUCGUGUUUUCCAAAUGCAAAAUACAUGGUGGUAGGCAAAGCAAUGUUCAUUAUAGCUGUGAGAAGAAUUGAAGCAGGGGAGGAGAUUACUGUGCCCUACUGUAGAACUCUUGCGCCUCUGGUGAGGCGCGAGAAGUAUUGCACACAAAUGGGGUUUCGCUGUGAGUGUAAGCGGUGUGUGUUUGAAAGAUCUCUUGGUCCAUCUUUUCUAAAGCUGACAAAUGAGAUCCUCGCUAGUCAUCGCUGGUUGAUGGGAGAUCUAGCAAACGGACUAACGAAUGUUUCUUCCAGAGAUAUGGAGUCCCUCGUAGAACUCCUCCUGCAGUUGAAGAAGUUUGGCGCUGAUGGUGAAAAGAAACACCUCAUAAAUGCCUCAUUUGUUCAUGUUUACUAUUUUGUUCUUUCUUCUGCUAUGGUGUAUGUUUCUGUUCAGGUGUUAUCACGGUUGCUUCCCACAAGCAUGGAAGUUGCAGAGGCCAUCCAGCAUGCUGUACCAGGUUCUGCUGCCUCCCUGGAUCUGUUUCGAUUGCUUCCAAAGGUACAGAUGGAUUUGCAUCUUGAGAAAGCAACGGAAGACGGCAUAACGAUCAUUGGAAAACAGAAGGCACGUGUCCUUAAAACUUUGGUGGCAUCAAAGAUUGAUGCAGUUUCACAAUCAGUCAUGAGAACCUGGAAUGCACCUGAUGUGAAAUCUCGCUGA